CUCCCCCCCUCCUUAUAACCACAGCUUUCCUCUCCAUCAACACAACUUUCCUCCCACCACCGAUCAACCUUCUACGGCUAAGGCUUCGGUUUGUUCACUGCCAACCGCCAGUUCCUUUAGCUGUGUCGCGAUGCCCAAAGAACAUAAACGUGAGCCUGAUGAUACAUGAUCACCUUUCCCGCUGCCUCUUUUAGGUUUGCUAACAAUUAGUUUCAGCAAGGUCGCCUGUUGUGGGCCCCACUCCGCCUCUUCCGGCCUCAGUCGAGGAGUCCUAUCGCCAGAAAUGUAUCGAUUUAAAGAAACGCAUCAGGGAGAUAGAAUCUUCCAACGAUGUUCUUGUAUUGCGCAUGCAGAGAUCUGAGCGUGGAAUUCAGCGUAUGAGAUUGGAGCGUGCUUUUCUACUUCAACAAUUAGAGAGACGCACCGAUCCCAGGGUCGACGAUUCUGAUGGAAGCCCAAGCCCUCCGCCUACUGUAAGCUCUCUCUCUUUCACGCUCUUUCUUCUUCCUUUCAUCCCUACACCCUAUAAGGCCCUUGGAUUGGAGCAGCUAGCUUCUUCGGGUUGUCGCUAAUUUUGACCUCCGGGAAUAUUCAGCCCAAAGAGAAGCCUCUCCGCGCCAAGCGUGCCCGUAAGGAUCCUCCUCCUCUGGAUUCCCCUAUGCGCCAGGCAUCGCCUUCUCCCUCGAGGGAUGGUCAGGAUUACACCUUUGUUUCUACUGCAUUCGGUUCAGCUCCCACUGAUAAUGCCAACUCUCCGGGUCCCAACCGGCCCAGCGUCCCGCCCAGCAUGCCUCCUAGGACCGGAAAGGGUUCUAGAAGCAAGGGUGGACCUAAAAGACCUCCUAAUGCGUACAUGAUGUAUGUCUACACUAGCUAGCAAACACCCUUGGCAAACUUUGAAAUGCACUUGCUGACAUGAUGUAAGUUUCUGCGAAAAGGAACGGGACGCAGUAAGAGAGCGUGAAUCUAAGAAGGACGGUUUCGACAUGCACAAGGCCUUGGCUCAGGCUUGGAGAGAUCUCAAAGCUGAAGGCCAAAAACCAUAUUUCAACGAAUACGAAAAAAAUCGAGAAAAGUACCUGGAAAAAGUUAACGACUUGAAAACUGAUGCCGACAAGAGCUCCGUCGGCGGGAAUGGAGGCUCCUGGAAGAGAGGGGGGAGGGCUAUUUCUACCGCGUCCACCGUCGUUGCGGCCUCUUUCGAGGUACCACUAAGCCCGGCACCCGGCAGCACUAACGAUGAAGAGCAGGAGGAUGCCGCAGUACCGUCGCAAGGCGACGGAAACGGAGGCGGAUUCACAGCUGUAAACAGGUAAUCGAUCUUUGGAAUCGACAAUUGUGUAUGAUGGCGUCGGUCUGUUUUCAGCGAAAAUUGCAUCUGCAUGAACUCUUCUUGUACGCUUAAUUCUGUUCUCUUUUGUUUGGUUGCUUCUUAUCCGGCACCUCCCUGUACUAGCAAUUCCUAGGCCAGGCCAUCAUAAUGCUCAGGGGAUAUUCCUACCUACAGCCUCUGUAUUAUACCUAGAACUUUUCCUAAGAACUCGAUCUGCUACUUGUGCGUGAUUUAAGUUAUGGUGCCGAUCAGCAAAAUCCAAGGCCUGCUGCACUAUAUCAUAAAUCUAAUUUAGUUUGCGCGUGGG